GUGCGCUGGAACUGGUUCCGGGUUGGACUCCACUUCCGGCUCGGCGGCCGGCGCCGGCCUGGCGCUGCUCCCACCAUGUCCACGCUGUUCCCCUCACUCCUGCCCCGCCUCACCGAGUCCCUCUGGUUCAACCUCGACCGACCGUGCGUUGACGAGACCGAGCUGCAGCAGCAAGAGCAGCAGCACCAGGCCUGGCUCCAGAGCAUCGCUGAGAAGGACAACAACUUGGUGCCCAUAGGAAAGCCAGCAUCCGAGCACUAUGAUGAGGAGGAGGAGGAGGAUGAUGAAGAUGAUGAAGACAGCGAAGAGGACUCAGAAGAUGAUGAGGACAUGCAGGAUAUGGAUGAGAUGAAUGAUUAUAAUGAGUCUCCUGAUGAUGGGGAGAUCAAUGAGGUGGACAUGGAAGGGACAGAGCAGGAUCAGGACCAGUGGAUGAUCUGAUUCUGCCACGACCACACCAAACUGGAAGCUGGGGUAGAGCCUUUGCCCACCAUGGCUCUGGAGGACAGUUCAGUGAAGCUCCUCCUGCCAUAGAUGCUGUGUAGGAUGGGGGGCUGAGAGGGAAGCCCCCCAGGGGAGCCAGAGGGGAGACUGCCACCUGGCACAUUGGAGCUGACACAUCUUUUCUAAUAAACUCAGUUUUCAAGAAAACAA